GCUGCUGCACUCCGGCUCAUCCAUACAACGACGACAGAAAAACAAGAUACUUUUAACAACACCGCGAUAUUACGAUAUUAUCGUUCAUCAUCCUGCGGGAUUUAUUCGGUAAGACACUUUCUCUGCGUGUUUCCGUGCUGCAAUUCUUCGGGAUGCUGCUUUUGCUCGCCGUUCGUGUCCCAACAAUAGAUCCACUUGAAUGAAAGAGUUCAUCUGCAUCCUGCGGUACCGGACCGGUGCACGAGCUCCCGGUGAUCGGAUCCCGGUGCAUGCGAUUGUGUGCGGUUCCGCCGGCUGCGGGAUGAAAGCAAGAUUGAGAUGCGCCGUGACUGACAUUCAGAUGAUUAAUUGAUUCUGGAGUUGAUUCAGGUAAGAUGAGCGACUGAUGGAUUCGUAGCUGUUGAUUUUCCUGUGCGGUCCUGUGGAUGCAAAACAUAUGCAGGGUCUCAGAGUUUGAUGGCUGGUUGGGUCAGUGAGGGUCCUGCAGGAUGAAUUCACUCCCGUCAAUGGACAGACACAUCCAGCAAACCAACGACCGGCUGCACUGCAUCAAACAGCACCUGCAAAAUCCGUCAAACUUCCAGACUGCGGCGUCAGAGCUGUUGGACUGGUGCGGCGAUCCACGAGCCUUUCAGCGGGCCUUCGAGCAAAGUAUAAUGGGAUGCCUAACGGUGGUGAGUCGUGUGGCGGGGCAGCAGGGCUUUGACAUGGAUCUGGGGUAUCGAUUACUGGCUGUCUGUGCUGCAAACAGGGACAAAUUUACCCCCAAAUCAGCAGCUCUGUUGUCCUCGUGGUGUGAGGAUCUGGGGCGACUUUUACUGCUGCACCACCAGAAAAACAGACCGACUGAUCCAUCGGUGAUGAAGAACCAGAUGCAACCAAACAUUAACAGCAUGAAACCACUGUCACACAGUGAUGCACCGUUUCAAUAUGACUCUGUCUCCUGGCAACAAAACACCAAUCAACCAUCUGGUUCUCUCUCCGUGGUAACCACUGUAUGGGGUGUGAACAAUACAUCACAGACACAAGUGUUUGGGAACUCCAUGGUCAACCCAAACAGCCAUAUGAACGCAAUGGCAGGGGGUAAUGGGGGUAUGAACCCGGGGCAGUUUGCUGGGCAGCAGUUUUCCUCUAAGGGUAACCCUAGUCAAGCAUACAUGCAGCAGGGCAUGUACGGGCGACGCAACUGCCCCGGUGGAGGAGGAUUUGGGGGCAGUUAUGGGGGUGGUCCUAACCCCGCAGGUGGGAUGGGCAUGCCUUCACAGACACGGCCCCAUUCUGACUUCAGCCAACCAGCCGCCGCCGCCGCUGUGGCUGCUGCUACGGCAACAGCCACAGCCACGGCAACAGUUGCCGCCUUACAGGAGACGCAACACAAGGACAUGAAUCAGUACGGCCCGAUGUGUUCGUCUUUUCAAAUGGGACCAUCCCAGACGUACAGCACUCAGUUUAUGAAUCAGCCCGGCCCGCGGGGGCCCCUUGCCUCACCCAAGGCCAUGAAUGCAGACGGCAUGAGCAUGGGGCAGCUUCGAGUGCAGAUGGCACAGAUGGGACUAUAUGGGGGUCAUCCUCAGAGGAUGCCACUACAGGGUUACGGUCCCGGGCCACGACCCAUGCAAGGGGUGAAGAGACCAUAUCCUGGAGAGGGAAACUAUGGAGAGCAGCACUUUGGACCAAAUGGGCAGUUUUCCUUACAACAGGGGCAAUACCCCAACUCUACCCCCACCAGAGCCCUGUCCUCACCCCAUUACCCUGCUCAGAGAAUGCCAGGACAGCCCGGGACUCCAGGACAAUACCCGUCCAACAGCGCGGGACCGUUCUACAAGGAGCCCAAUAACAACUGCAAUGCAGUGAACCUUCAGUUUAACCAGCCCAACAUGAGCGGGCCUCCUCGGUCGAUGGGCGGUUACCCCCUCUCUCCGUUGCCUAGCAACCCCACACCCCCUGUGACUCCAGGAAGUAAUAUGCCUCCAUACAUGUCACCAAACCAGGACGUGAAGCCACAGUUUCCUCCUGAUAUCAAACCCAACAUCAAUGCACUGCCUCCACCUCCAGGUAACUCUAAUGACGAGCUGCGCCUGACGUUCCCGGUUCGGGACGGUGUGGUUCUGGAACCGUUCAGACUCGAACACAAUCUGGCCGUCAGUAAUCAUGUCUUCCAACUGAGGCCCACCGUACACCAGACACUCAUGUGGAGGUCUGAUCUGGAGCUGCAGUUUAAGUGUUAUCAUCAUGAGGACAGACAGAUGUACACUAACUGGCCGGCGUCAGUGCAGGUCAGCGUUAAUGCUACACCUCUAACCAUCAAACGUGGUGACAAGACUUCCCAUAAACCCCUGCACCUUAAACACGUGUGUCAACCCGGACGCAACACCAUCCAGAUCACCGUGACGGCAUGCUGUUGUUCGCACCUGUUUGUUCUUCAGCUGGUUCACCGGCCGUCGGUUCGAUCGGUCCUGCAGGGUUUACUGAAGAAGAGACUCCUCACAGCAGAACACUGUGUCACCAAAGUAAAGAGGAACUUCAGCAGCGUGGCGGCCUCGGUGGGCGGGGCCGGUCUGAGCGGCGAGGAUGGGGUGGAGCAAACGGCCAUCAAAGUGUCUUUAAAAUGUCCAAUCACGUUCCGGCGCAUUCAUCUCCCGGCAAGAGGCCACGAUUGCGGACAUGUUCAGUGUUUUGACCUGGAAUCAUAUUUAGAGCUGAACUGCGAGCGAGGAACGUGGAGAUGUCCAGUGUGCAAUAAAACAGCACUGUUAGAAGGUCUGGAGGUGGACCAGUACAUGUGGGGAGUCCUGAAUGCUCUACAAAAUUCAGAGUUUGAGGAGGUGACGAUCGACCCGUCCUGCAGCUGGAGACCCAUGCCGAUAAAAACUGAGCUGCACAUAAAGGAGGAUCCAGACGGGCCGAUGUCCAAGCGCUUCAGAACCAUGAGUCCCAGUCAGAUGAUUCUGCCCAACGUUAUGGACAUGAUCGCUCAGCUGGACCCCGGAGCUUCACCGUACCGCAACCAGAACCCACACCAUCAGAACAACAGCACAGGCAACAGUUACUUUGGUGGCUAUCCCCAUGGCAACCCUGCAGCAUCAUCAGUACAUGAGUUCAUGCAGGGUAACCCGCUGUCCCACCCCCCGACAGACCGUCCCGCCUCUGAGAGCGCGCUGACACACACGCUACACGACACGGCGCCUCGUCCAGUCAACACAAAUCAGUGCCACAAUCCCCUGCAGCACAGUAACAACAGUCAGCUGUUACAUCACAGCGGCCCGCCCCUACAUUGCAGACCACUGCCCAGCCGGCAGGACUCCGCCCACAGCUGCCACACACAUCCAGAGAUGACCUUUAACCCCUCGGCCAGCCUGGAGGGUCAGGGCAGCUCGGACAUCCCCGAGGUCUCUUUAGAACUACUGCCUGACCUGAUGAAUCCGGGUGAUCUUCUGUCAUAUCUGGAUCCUCCAGAUCUUCCCAGCUGCACCAGCGACGAUCUGCUGUCUCUCUUUGAGGAUAACUGAACGUAUCCAAAUCCAACGUGGACAGAUGCCGUCCAGGCCGCACUGCUCAAAUGAUUUGUUUUAAAACUAGUAAAUGUGUGGUAACGUGUGCGGAUUUUGUUCUGAAACACAGACAAGCAUCCGUCCACUAUGAAACUGUAUGCUACUUAAUGUUAUUGUUUCAGCUGAAUUCUUUGUUUUGUUUUGUUUCAAUCCUGCAGUAUAGUUUUCUCCCCAAAAAUAAAAAUUCUGUCAUUAUUUACUCAACCUCAUGUCAUUCCAUAAGCAUGUGCUGUUUGAUUGUUUUUUUAAAGCUAAUUUUUACACAAUAUUUGUAUACUUUCAAAAGACUUAAAAUAUAGUGCACGAGUUGUAUAGACUACUUUAUGUCUGAAAUGGGUGCGCUCGAAACAAUGCUUCACGAAGACCUUUAUGAAUCUUUUGUUUCGAAUCAGUUGUUCGGAGUGCGUAUCAAACAGGCAAACGCGGAUUAGUUGCGUCAUACAGUUUCGAAACAUUUCGCAGUUUGACACUAGGGGGUGUUGAUGACCCCACAGUGUACCCCUGAAUCUGUGUCAAAAGUAUGGUUGAAACUGAUCUCGAGUCAGUUUCGUUUCAUAAGAUCUGACUGAUCAAACAAGGUUUGCUGAUUUGAUUUCAGUCGUUUUAAAUUCCCCGUCGAUCACUUUUAGUUAUGUUCAUAGAAAUUAAAAUGAAUGGCAUUAAAUAAUUUAUAUAAUUUAUAUAAAUAGUUAAUUAAUAUAAAUUAUUAAUUAAUAUAAUUUAUAUUAAUUAUUAAUUAAUAUAAUUUAUAUAAAUAAUUAAUAUAAAUUAAUUUAUAUAAAUAUAUAUAUUAUUUUAAUUUAUAUAAAUAAUUUAAAAUUAAGAAUGGUCAUGGUAACUGCUUCUGUGACCAGCAGGUGUCCUCAGCGUGCAGUCUUUCGAACGCUCCAAAACAGUGAAUCAUUUUGCGAAGCAACUGGUUCAACUGAUUCAAAGUUUUGGAAAGCAUCGUUUCUCCCAUCACUACUUUUAUGAUACAUUGUGAUACAUAUGAUACAUUACGGUUGGAGCUUGACAGGCGUUGUCUCUAUGAAUAUCUUGUCAUCGAAAGGAAAAGAGCAGCAUGAGCAUUCUGCAAAAGUUCUCCGUCAAACGGGUUUGGAACAACAUUAGGGUGAAUAAAUAAUUACAGAAUAAAAAAAUCAAAUAAUCUAACUUUUUGUUCAGACGUUUCAGGCUGUCGUCUUGCAUCUAGUACAUUACAUUUGAUCACCAGUUCAGCAUGAUCUCAUAUAAAUAUUUGUGAAUAAUUUUGUACAGUCCUACACGAUGAUUGGCCAUCUGUGUUUCUUCACCACUGUAUUUCCAUGAAUAUUCAUCAUGCGUAAGAGAGACAGGCUGUUCAGAAUGCAAUACUAGCAUACUGCCUACUGCACAGUAUAUACUAUAUUUUGCACACUAUAGUAUGUGAAAUAGUAUGUAAAAGAAACUUUUGAAACAGUAAUGUGUUACUGAUGUCCAGUAGUCAUCUUGAAAAUAAAUAUGGUUAUUUCACAUUCUUAAUCUAAUUUUGUGCAAAAAAUUAGUAGUGUGGUAGUAAGCUGUUCUGAACAUAGUCUCUGUGUGCGUCCAUCUUCAUGUGUGUGUCACUACACUUUCAUAAACACACACACUGAGCAAUACAUUUGGUUGAGUGCUCCAAAAAUACAUUUCAGAAACCCAAUAAUGUCUAUAGCUAUCAAAGGAUUGAUGUUAAUAUGAGAGUUAUUGUUAAUAUGUACAAUAUAGCAUUAUGUUAAAUUAAUCUAUAUACUGUAUGUUUGUUUAAGGGAGCUUUUUCUAUAAGCUAACAGCCAUUUGAAUUGUUUUGUUAGGAUUUUUUUGGUAUGUGUUUUAUUUUGGUAAAUUAUUAUUACUGUAUUGCAACUUUGACUAAAAAAAUAAAAUUGUAUUGUUACAUUAUGUAGCAAAGAAACAAACAAAACUAUACACGUAAAUAAUUUUGAAUAUGUGACAGAAGUCUUCCCUUUUUAUGAAAAAAUAGUAUGCUAAUAUCUGAUUGAAACCCAUUUUUAUCACUCAGAUUACUACAAACAUUGAACGAGAUAACUUGAGAGAUCUUUUCUCCAUUAGAUUGUCAACGGCAGCUUAUAAAAUCAUUGCUGUUAUUUUCACAACGUGCAAACAAAAAUAAAGUAUUUCAUUGUGAUAUUUUUA